GCGGUGAAAAAACAAAAACGAAAAGAAGGAGAAAGAGGAAGAAGGACGAAGCUGACGAGUUUUUAGUGUAAACAUGGCAGUGGCGAAAAGCUAAAGAUGACAUGAGUACACUUCUCCCGUUAGGGGUCGCCACAGCAGCUUGUUGGUCCGUGUUUUUGAUUUGGCACAGUUUUUACACCGGAUGCCCUUCCUGAUGCAACUCUCCCCAGUUUUAUCCAGGCUUGGGACUGGCACUCAGAGCACACUGUUGCACGCAGUGGCUGGGGUUGGUUCCCUGGCCCGGAGUUGAACCCGGACCACAGCGGCUUGAGCUACAGAGAACUGUACCUGUCAGUCCUAUUUAAUGAUGCUCUUUCAUUAAAGAUGGGAGGCAGUGGAUCCAAAGCUAAAGGAGUCUGGCCUUUCACUGGCUCAGAGGCUAGUGGAGAUUCUUCUGAGGUCAAUGAUCAGUCUUUAGCCCGAAUGUGUGGCCACAGAAAUGCAACGCCGUUUGUCUUUACAAGAAGGAGCUCUCUGUAUUACGAUGAGGAUGGAGAUCUGGCUCAUGAGUUCUAUGAAGAGACAGUGGUGACUAAAAACGGGCGAAAGAAGGCUAAGUUGAAGAGGAUCCACAAGAACCUCAUACCUCAGGGGAUUGUGAAACUGGAUCAUCCCCGAAUCCAUGUUGACUUCCCGGUCAUUAUUUGUGAAAUAUAAAACCACAGAUAUGAGACUAGGAGAUGUUUCACCAAUCAAACCUUUCACCUCUCCACUACAAUCCUGUCUUUGCUGAUGGGCAUUAGUGGCUCCCAGUAACAUCAUAGUUGUUUCAUAGUGAGCCAGACUGCCCUCGUGUGGCUGGAGGGACCUGCAGCAGCUUUUUUUUUUUUUUCUUACUACAGAGGAAACCCCUCAAUGUAAAAUUUGAACAGCAGGCUGACUUGAAGGACUGUUUGUCUCCUUUUUGUGUACUGCUCGUCAGUAAAUUUGUUCCUGUAAAUAAAGGAGUGAAUAUAGAGUACUAAAAUGCAGGGAUUGCAGGGUUUAUAUUUUUGCUGACUGAGCAUGGCAUGUUUUUAUUUUGUUGUGUUGUAUAUAACUAUUCUGUCUGCCUUUGUUUGUUGUAUUUAAGCCCAUAAUAAUUAUUUGAUGUACAGUAAUUUAUGAAAGUUAAGAUACUUUAAUAAAAAUAAACUGGUAUCAAUUGUUGCAGAUGUACUCUCUCUCUCUCUCUCUCUCUCUCUCUCUCUCUCUCUCUCUCUCUCUCUCUCUCUCUCUCUCUCUCUCUCUCUCUCUCUCUCUCUGUGUGUGUGUGUGUGUGUGUGUGUGUGUGUGUGUGUGUGUGUGUGUGUGUGUGUGUGUGUGUGUGUGUGAGAUAAAACAGAUGACUAAUUUAGUAUUUUCACAAAUGCUCUCAAGCACUGCAUCAGUUUCACAACAUGUCAAUUUACAACAGCACGUUUAAUACAUCUACUAAUAACUUUGUAAUAUGUAAUACACUGUUAUUAUUCAAUUUAAUUAAAUAUACUCAUCUUG